UAAAAUGAGCACAUGGUGUUGUGACAAUGGUGUCACCGUUGCUGCAAGUCCACAACCAGUAUCGACCCCACUCCACUCCCAAGUAAAAACGCUUUUUAGUUCGGCUUGUUUCGAACCAGCCCUCCCUCAUUCCCCAUUCCCAAUCGAUCGACGGCGAGCGAGAGAGAGAGAGAGAGAGAGAGAGCAAACCAUCAGCUGAAGCUGCCUUUGCCACUCCCCUUCAGAACCCUGUCCAUCAUGAACCAAACCAACUCUACGUAAACCCUCACCGACAAAACAAUACCAUGGAAACUCUCCGUUUCCACGUCGGAAUCACUCCUUUCCCAUCACACAACCUCACAAGAAUUCCCAGAAUUACCAAACCCUCCAAUUACUCACUCAAACUCAACCCAUUUCGCACCCAAGCCCUCUUCCUCCCUCCAAUUCUCUCUCCUCCCCGCUCUCUCUCUCCUCCCCAACGCCACUCCCACUCCCUCCCCAACGCCACCCAUCCCCACCACCACGAUCACCAUGAUCAUCAACACGAAGAUCACAACCACCACCACCACCACCAUAAUCGCGGCUGCGAGAACACGAAGCUGACUAGGGCUCAGGAAUCGUUCCUUCGGUUCGCGAAAGCAAUUAGGUGGACCGAUUUGGCGGACUUCUUGCGGGAGCAUUUGGUGCUGUGCUGCUGUUCGGCGGCUUUGUUUGUUUGUGCGGCGGCUUGUCCCUAUGUGCUUCCGAAGCCGGCUGCGAAGCCUCUGCAGCAUAUUUGCAUUCUCAUUGCUUUCCCUCUAGUUGGGGUGUCUGCUUCGCUUGAUUCGCUCAUCGAUAUUACGGGUGGGAAAAUAAACAUUCAUGUACUAAUGGCUCUUGCAGCCUUUGCAUCUGCGUUUAUGGGAAACCCAUUGGAAGGAGGCUUGCUUCUUGCAAUGUUUAAUCUUGCCCAUAUCGCUGAAGAGUAUUUCACCAGCCGUUCAAAGAUUGAUGUGAAAGAGCUGAAGGAAAAUCAUCCAGAUUUUGCUCUUGUGCUGGAAGUACGCAAUGGGAAGUCGCCUAAUUUCUCUGACUUGUCAUACACAGAAGUCCCUGUAAACAACUUAGAAGUCGGCUCGUAUAUAUUGGUCAAAGCUGGUGAGUCAGUACCUGUGGAUUGUGAAGUUUUCCUUGGUAGAUCAACAAUUACCAUCGAGCACUUGACUGGAGAAGUCAAACCAGUGGAGAGGAAAGUUGGAGAUACUAUUCCUGGCGGUGCAAGGAACCUGGAUGGCAUGAUGAUAGUAAAGGCAAAAAAUACAUGGAAAGAAUCGAUGUUGAGCAGGAUUGUGCAAUUGACUGAAGAAGCGCAGCUAAGUAAACCAAAGCUUCAGAGGUGGCUGGACAAGUUUGGUGAUCUCUACAGUAAAGUGGUUGUGGUUCUAUCAGUUGGUGUUGCCCUACUUGGGCCACUGCUUUUCAAGUGGCCACUAUUUAGUACGGCAGUUUGCAGAGGAUCAGUUUAUAGAGCUUUGGGACUCAUGGUGGCAGCAUCACCAUGUGCGUUAGCUGUAGCUCCUCUGGCGUAUGCUACUGCAAUUAGCGCCUGUGCAAGAAAGGGAAUUUUCCUUAAAGGUGGGCAUGUUCUAGAUGCGCUAGCUUCUUGCCACACAAUUGCAUUUGAUAAAACUGGCACAUUGACAACUGGGGAAUUUAUGUGCAAAGCUAUUGAACCUAUCCAUGGACACAUGGAGAAUGACAGAAGAAAAUUUGCUGCUUGUUGCAUUCCAAGUUGUGAAAAAGAAGCUCUUGCAGUGGCAGCAGCCAUGGAGAAGGGUACCACUCACCCCAUUGGAAGAGCUGUUGUGGAUCACAGUGUAGGGAAAGACCUUCCUUCUUUUUCUGUUGAAAGUUUUGAGAAUUUACCUGGUAGAGGUCUUUUUGCAACAUUAUCUAGCAUUGAGCCAGGACUUGGAGGGGGUGAACCGUUGAAAGCUUCACUUGGUUCUGUAGAGUUCAUCACUUCACUUUUUAACUCUGAAGAUGAAUCAAAAAAGAUUGUGGAAGCAGUGAUCUCAUCUUCUCAUGGAAGUGAUUUUGUUCAUGCUGCUCUGGCCAUUAACAAUAAAAAGGUAACACUGUUUCAUUUAGAGGAUAAGCUUCGACCUGGGGCUAUGGAUGUCAUUCUGGCAUUACAAAAUCAAGCAAAGCUCCAAGUAAUCAUGUUAACCGGCGACCAUGAGUCCAGCGCGUGGAGAGUUGCAAAUGCCAUUGGUAUUAAUGAGGUUUAUUGCAACUUGAAGCCUGAGGAUAAGCUCAGUCAUGUAACUAGUAUCUCAAAAGAUACAGGGGGAGGUCUUAUUAUGGUGGGUGACGGUAUCAAUGAUGCACCAGCACUUGCUGCUGCAACUGUCGGUGCUGUGCUAGCCCAGCGUGCUAGCGCAACUGCUAUUGCUGUGGCAGAUGUGUUGUUGCUUCAGGACAAUAUUUCUGGUCUUCCAUUUUGUUUUGCUAAAUCUCUUCAAACAACUUCCCUGGUCAAACAAAAUGUUGCCCUGGCUUUAUCUAGCAUUGUUUUGGCCUCUCUUACAUCUGUUUUGGGUUUUCUUCCACUUUGGUUAACGGUUCUUUUACAUGAAGGUGGAACUCUUCUUGUUUGUCUCAAUUCUAUCCGGGCACUAAAUAACCCAACAUUGUCAUGGACGCAAAAUCUUUUGGACAUGGUUGCUAAACUCCAAUCGAUUAUUAUGGUUCUAAGGAGCCAUGGCACCCGCCCAGGUACAAUUCAGGCUGCACCACUUUAGCCAGAACCAUCUUUUCAUAGCCCUUUAAGGUGAUUUCAUUGUGCUCAAGCAGAGUGCUAAUUUUUUUUUAAUACUGUAUAUAUGAUGGAAAGAAAAGAAAAGAAAAAAAAAAAAGUUAGUGUCUAGUGUACAUUUGCAUGUCUAUUCACGAAUAACCAUUUUCUCGGAGUCGCAGAAAAUGAGCUUGAUAAAGUUCAUGUAAUGUAGGGCAUACUGUUUUUAUUGAUAUUUAUUUCUUCCGGUAUGUAUUUUUCA